AUGGGUCGCGAGAAAGUGAGGAAGAAGCCAGCCAAAAAGCACCGACGGGGUACGUUGGACAUGAAGCGGCGAGCCGUCAGUGCACGUUUGCGCCGCGCGUCUGGUGAAUCCGUGCCUAAAAGCCAUCGCUGGAUGCUGGACUUUCAAGGUGCCGGCCUCAAGAAGAUUCUCCAAGCCUCGGAGAAGCUGGCCAGCAUGAAGGAGAAGGGCUUGGAAGCGGUCUCGGCAAGGGUCCUGAGCACAGGCUUGGAGCCUCACGAGCGGCAUGUGCAACUCCUGGGCGCACCUGAGAGCCUCGCAGACAAGCCGGAGUUGUUGCUGUACAGCCAGAUGUGCGACUGGAUGGCCUUGGUCCAAGCCGCGAAGGCCCAAGUGAGCCGUUUCUUUACAGAGCUGGAGGCUCGAGAUUUUUUCGUUCCUGUGGAGACAGACACUGACAGUGAUGACGAGAACUGUUGGGCUCCCGUGCUACUAGGUCCAGCUGCAGAUCUGGGAAGCACUGACUAA